AAGGUACCUCCCUGCAGCAUGCUGGCAGGGGACAGGCUCUUCUACUUGGGCUGUGGCUGCUUUGUAAAGAACAUAAACUUUAUGUGAAUUCCAGUAUCCAGCAAGCAUCUCCAGGACAUGUUUUUUUCUGCAGAUAAGAAACAAGGGAUGCCAGGUGAUACCUAUUUUUGUAUACAGUACCUUGGAGCGGCCUCAUUGAGAGCACACUGGAUUAUUGAACUUUUUGGCAUCUUGGAGGCUGUUAAAGCCAUGAAGACUCAAAGUAUUGUAUUAAGGAAAAAUGAUUUUGAGAAGGUUUUAGAUCUGGAACAGAACCCUAUUCGAGACAAAAUAAAAAAUGCGUUUUUCGAUAAAAGAAAUCUACGAACAGGAACUCGCGGAUUUGAGAAGGAGAUUGACUUUGAAAAGUUUCUUAUUGUUAUGUCCCAUUUCCAACCACUGGCUGAGAAUGCUGAUGAAGAGGCCAUUAGUACAUGCCGUAAGAAUAAAUUACAAUUUCUUUUCAACAUGUAUGACGCGGACAAUGAUAGCAUGAUCACUCUGGAGGAAUACAGAAAUGUCGUAGAAGAAUUACUAUCAGGAAAUCCUCAUAUUGAGAAGGAGACAGCAAGAUCUAUAGCAGAUGGAGCAAUGAUGGAAGCAGCCAGUAUAUGUGUUGGACAAAUGGCACCAGAUCAGAUAUAUGAAGGAAUUACUUUUGAUGACUUUCUAAAGAUUUGGCAUAGCAUUUCCAUUGAAACGAAAAUGCACGUCAGAUUCCUGAAUAUGGACACAAUACCAUCCUGCCAUUGAAGCUUCUAUGUCGUUGAAUACACAGAAGACACAAAGACAGUAACAGGUUACAUAUGAAGAGCUUCCAUACAGCUAGUGACCCAUUUAUCCAAGGGUGAUGGCAGGGGGCAUCGAAAUGAUCAAGAGAAACUCAACAAAUGGAUCUCUCCAUGAGGAUUAAAAAUAUAUUCUAUUGAUCUCUAUAAAAUAACCACGUUGACCAUGAUACUACUUGGCCUGGAUACAUGGCCUAGAUAAGAGACAUAUUGUGGAAAUGUACUGAAGACAGUGAAAUAGAAACAAGCUAUUUUUUGAUGAACUGAACCGUCAUUCUACUAUGCAAUUCGAUUUUAUACAAUUCUAUGGAAUGGGAUAUGGGAAUGAAGCUAUAUUAGCUCAGAGACUCUUGUAUUGGUGAUUUUGCUAUAAUAAUGAAAUAAAGGGGUUUGUUUAUUAAUACAAACAA